GAAAACGGGAGAUGAGGACUGCAAGGCAACAUCACAAAAGAAUGUUUUUGCUUAUUUAUAAUGGAUUCUUCUGCAGAUACUAUUGCCUGACAUAACAAAGAACAAAUUUCUUUCUCAAAUUAUAUGUGGUCUUUCCCAUCAAAUAACAAAAGGAGGCAUUGAACGCUGCUUCCUCAUCUGUGGAUAGCUGAUAUUCCAAUUUGCUAGUAGUGAUAAGCGAGGCCCAUGCCAGUAAACCGAAAUUCUUUGUCAAUAGGAAAGGAAAUGAUGGGGCAAGAAGAGCCAGUAUCGAAAAGAGCUCGUAGAGUAGAGUCAGAAAAGCAAAGCAUGCCUGAACCCCCGCUAUCUAUGGGCAAAACCCACCCUCCACCUUUUACCCUGCUUCUUCAGAGUCGGGAAGAGAUGAGAGAUUCCUUUCUUGCGUAUGUGAAAGACACAUUCGCUCCAAAUACAGUGAGCUCGUAUGAGAAAAUUUUCGCUCGAUGCGAAGCGGAGUGUUGGGAGGCUUGCCAGUCCAACGACAUCGAUGUGAUUCCGUACCCAGAGCGGAAACAGUCCGUCAUCAAAAACCACUUUGAGAAUUUCUUGAAGACAAAAGCGGUCAAAGAGUCCCUAAAGUAUCCGCGCCUUGCUCCUGUACCCGAUGCCGUACCUCCAAUCCUCCGUGGACUGACAACUUAUAUGGUACGCACAACAGCAAGUGAACUUAGUUUGCCCUUUGGCGCCAGCUUGGUGCAAUUCAUUUCUGUUCAAGAUGAAGAGUUUUAUGUUACGGGAACAUGGCACGACCAAGACUGGACUGUUCAGUUGAAUAUUCCAAAACGACUGUUGAAGUAUUCUGCCGUGAAUGAUGCAACAACGGUGUCGUGUCGUCUUCUCGAUGGGCAGGCUUUUAUGUCGAGUGUGAAACAUUUUUGUAGCUGCUUAAAGGAUGGCUGGUGCGAACACGGUUUUGCUGUUAUGACAACAUUGGCUGAUCCUGAAUCCCAGUAUAAAAGCACCCAGGAGAAGGAACACUGGACGUCGAAGAAUGCAGAUCUGACAUGGGAACAUGGAGAGACAUCCGAUAGCCGUGACUCGUUAGAAAAGGCUUUCCCUGGAGAAUUUGAACGCAUGCUACGUAUGCUGAGCUCGACCGACCCGAUGCGUAUCGUACGUGAGUUAAAAAAAGGGAUCCACACCGUCUCUGGGCUUGGUGUUUUGAUCGAUAUAUUUCCACCUGGCGACUAUCCAGCAAAGACUGUGGAACGGUGUCAAAGAUGUCACAAAGACUUCAACCGACAUGAUGAGAGCGAUUUCUGCACAAUGAGUCACCCCACAGAUAGUAUGGAGCGUCUAGGUGAGCGAGACGGCCAAUCACGAUACUAUUGUGUUAAAUGCCAGAAAACAUGGGCCGAGCCACUGGGAGCAUCGGCUAUGGCUGGACGCUCUUGCUACGAAGGACCUCACGAGACCGAUAUGAUUGUUGUCCGUAAGGAAGGUUGGUUCCAUCCCUAG